AUGGCAAACUCUCAGAGAAGAAACAAUCAUAUUGACAAACUCAAAGUGGGUGACGUCAUAAUUGAAGACAAAAUACGCAUCAAGGAAGAAAUCUUAGAUUAUUAUCAGAAACUAUACCAUGAGUUGGAACCUUGGAGGCCUACAACUAUCUUUGGAGGGUUGUCUUCUUUAACCACUGAGGAGAGUGAAGGGUUAGAAGCACCAUUUGAUGAACUAGAGGUUCUGGCAGCUUUGAAAGCAUGUGCCCCUGAUAAAGCACUAGGGCCUGACGGGUAUACUAUGGCUUUCUUUCAACAGUGUUGGGUUUUCAUCAAGGCAGAUAUUUUGAAUACUCUUAAUUACUAUCAUCAGCACUCUCAUAUGGUAAAAUCUUGCAAUGCCACAUUCAUUGCACUAAUACCUAAGAAGAAAGGAGCAAUAGAGUUGAGGGAUUUCAGACCUAUUAGUCUAAUAGGCAUGGUGUACAAGAUAACUGCUAAAAUUCUAGCUGAAAGACUCAAGAAGAUCAUUGGCAAACUUGUUUCAGUCAAAUACUCAGUGUUGGUUAACAGAAGUCCUGUAGGUUUCUUCUCCCCCGAAAAAGGCCUAAGGCAGGGAGACCCCCUCUCCAAUUUCCUCUUUAUACUAGCAAUGGAUGGACUCACUCAAAUGAUGGAGAAAGCCAAAGAAAUGCAAUGGAUACAAGGAUUCCAAGUAGGAAGGAACCCUGACAUUGCAGUCACUAUCUCUCAUUUGUUGUAUGCUGAUGACACCCUAGUAUUAUGUGGAGCUGAGAGUUCUCAAGUAUCAUAUCUAAACCUCACUCUACUGAUUUUUGAAUCUCUUUCUGGUUUGCACAUUAACAUGCUUAAAAGCAUCAUUUAUCUUGUCAAUGAAGUCCCUAAUCUAGAGGAGCUGGCAGACUUACUAUGUUGCAAAAUAGGCUCUCUACCUACCACCUAUCUAGGGCUGCCCCUAGGAGCAAAAUUUAAGUCAGUAGGUAUUUGGGGUGGCAUCAUUGAGAAAAUGGAAAAGAAGUUGGCAACAUGA